GAUUCAAACGGUCGAAAAUAUUUCUUGCUGCUCGUACGUGUGUUUUAUUGGUCGCUCGCGCUCAUAACGUUUUUUUGCCCCCCGUUUUGGCCAAUGUGUGUUCGCGCGCGUGUGUGUGUGCUGCUUGCAGUUCAAAAGGGCAGCGACAACAACAACAAGAACAGCGCACCUCUCUUUUAAGCCAAGUCUUCGGCGCUCGCUUGUGCUUGUAUGUGUGUUGGUGUGAUUCAGAAUCGUGGCCUAGGAAGAAAUGGCAAAUUAGUUGGCUCAAAGCGGAAUCUCUGUGCUCAAUAUUCAAAUUCAGGCUAGAAAGUGUCGCGUGCGAAAGUGUUCAAAUAAUACGGCCACCAAAGAGAGGAAUAUAACUUAAAAAAAAUAAAAAUAACCUGUUCUAAGCCAAGUGCCGAUUGCUCGUGUGUGUGCGUGUGUGUUUGUGCGUGUGAGUGUUUGCGUGGAGCAGAGAAAAGGUGAAAGAAAAGGGAGAAUGCAAUUGCCAACAACAACAAGCUCAAUGAGUAUCGUUUGAAUAUCAAUAACAUCUAGCCAAACGCAACCCUUUCCAAUACGACAAACACGACUUGAGCCAACAAAUCAACGAUCAUGGCUAUAAUCGCGAAUGCGUCACUGCCACAACAACAAAAGCAGCGGCCAACAGCAACAACCACAACAACAACAACGGUGGCGGCAUCAGUAGAAACAGCAACAACAACAGCAAGAAGUCGAGACCGCACGAAAAGCGCAGCUCAAAUUACGUCGCAUUUGCUCAAGCGCGCCAUUUCAGUUUAUUCGUCGCCUCAAUGGAUACCGCUCUUCAUACUUAUUUACUUAGCAACAGAUGUCGCCUCAGUGGCGGUUCCAACGAAAGAGGCGUACUUUAAUGGCUCCACUUACCUCCGCCUGACCACGCCGAUGCCCAUUUGGGACCACUCGGCGAUUAGUUUCCGCUCGUGCCGCGGCGGCGAGAUCCUCGCCCAGCAGUACAACAAGAACUCCAUUGUAAUCUCAGUGCUCAAUGACUUUCUGCAAAUCUCACUGGCCGGACCCGCCGUCCAUGGGCCCAACAACCGUCUGGAUGUCAAGCUGCCCUACCAACUGCUGGACAACCGCUGGCAUACGCUGCAGUUCAAGUACGAGUACGGCAAUCUCUAUCUGCAUGUGGAUCGCGCGGCAAGCAUAUUUGCCAACUCCACGUACAACAGCCAGUUCCUGACGAACCAGGACAUCGGCUACAAGGACGCCAUCUUGAUACUGGGAAACUCCUUCUCCGGCUGCCUCCUGGAUGGACCAGGUCUGCAGUUUGUGAACAACUCGACCGUGCAGAAUGUGGUCUUUGGCCACUGUCCCUUGACACCAGGUCCCUGCAGCGAUCACGAUCUUUUCACCCGACUGCCGGACAACUUCUGUCUGAAUGACCCCUGCAUGGGCCAUGGAACCUGCUCGUCCAGUCCGGAGGGAUACGAGUGUCGGUGCACGGCACGUUACUCGGGAAAGAACUGCCAGAAGGACAAUGGCUCACCGUGUGCCAAGAAUCCUUGCGAGAACGGCGGUUCCUGCCUGGAGAACUCACGCGGGGAUUACCAGUGCUUCUGUGAUCCCAACCACAGUGGCCAGCACUGCGAGACGGAGGUGAACAUCCACCCACUCUGCCAGACGAACCCCUGCCUGAACAACGGAGCGUGUGUGGUGAUUGGCGGAAGUGGAGCACUCACCUGCGAGUGUCCCAAGGGAUACGCUGGUGCCAGGUGCGAGGUGGACACGGAUGAGUGCGCCUCACAGCCGUGUCAAAACAACGGGAGCUGCAUCGACCGGAUCAAUGGAUUUAGCUGCGACUGCAGCGGCACCGGCUACACGGGUGCCUUCUGCCAGACGAAUGUGGAUGAGUGCGACAAGAAUCCGUGCCUGAACGGCGGCAGAUGCUUCGAUACCUACGGCUGGUACACCUGCCAGUGUCUGGACGGUUGGGGCGGUGAGAUUUGUGAUCGACCCAUGACUUGCCAGACGCAGCAGUGCUUGAACGGCGGCACCUGCCUGGACAAACCCAUAGGCUUUCAGUGCCUCUGUCCGCCGGAGUACACUGGUGAACUGUGCCAAAUCGCACCCAGUUGCGCCCAGCAGUGUCCCAUCGAUUCGGAGUGUGUAGGCGGCAAGUGCGUGUGUAAGCCAGGCUCAUCGGGCCCCAUUGGUCACUGCCUGCCAACAACAACCACACCGACACCAGAACAAGAGCCAACAACAACGCCAAGAACCACAGCAAUCCCUAACCCAGCUAUUCCCAACACCCUAACAACCACCAAGAUACCUCCAAUAACAACCAGCCGAACAUCGGUGGGAACGACCACCGGUAGCAGGAAGCCACCACAACAGCCACUGCAAUCUCCGACCCAACGCUCGGCCUCCCUGAAUGCAUGUCCCCAAGAAAACUGCUUGAACGGUGGCACCUGCCUGGGCUAUAGUGGCAAUUAUUCCUGUAUUUGUGCUAGUGGAUACACAGGUUACAACUGUCAAACGAGCACGGGCGAUGGAGCGGCCUCUUUGGCCCUGACACCCAUCAACUGCAAUGCCACCAAUGGAAAGUGCCUCAAUGGAGGCACUUGCUCCAUGAACGGAACCCACUGCUAUUGCGCGGUCGGCUAUUCGGGAGAUCGCUGCGAGAAGGCCGAGAACUGUUCGCCACUGAAUUGCCAGGAGCCGAUGGUUUGUGUCCAGAACCAGUGCCUCUGUCCGGAGAACAAGGUGUGCAACCAGUGCGCCACCCAACCAUGCCAGAAUGGCGGAGAAUGCGUGGACCUACCGAAUGGAGACUACGAGUGCAAGUGCACCCGGGGAUGGACUGGACGGACCUGUGGCAACGACGUGGACGAGUGCACCCUGCAUCCCAAGAUCUGUGGCAAUGGUAUCUGCAAGAACGAGAAGGGAUCGUACAAGUGCUAUUGUACACCUGGAUUUACCGGAGUCCACUGCGAUUCCGAUGUGGACGAAUGCCUCAGCUUUCCCUGCCUUAACGGAGCCACGUGUCACAACAAGAUAAAUGCCUACGAAUGCGUUUGCCAACCAGGAUACGAGGGCGACAACUGCGAAGUGGACAUCGAUGAGUGCGGUAGUAAUCCCUGCUCAAACGGCUCCACUUGCAUCGACAGGAUCAACAACUUCACCUGCAACUGCAUUCCGGGAAUGACGGGUCGCAUCUGUGACAUCGACAUCGACGACUGUGUGGGAGAUCCCUGCUUGAAUGGCGGUCAGUGCAUCGACCAAUUGGGUGGCUUCCGGUGUGACUGCAGUGGCACCGGUUAUGAGGGACAGAACUGUGAGCUGAACAUAGACGAAUGCCUCUCGAAUCCGUGCACGAAUGGUGCCAAGUGCGUGGACAAGGUUAAGGACUACUUCUGCGAUUGCCACAACGGCUACAAGGGAAAGAACUGUGAGCAGGACAUCAACGAGUGCGAGAGUAAUCCCUGCCAGUACAAUGGCAACUGCCUAGAGCGUUCGAACAUGACGCUCUACCAAAUGAGUCGGAUCACGGAUCUGCCCAAGGUGUUUAGCCAGCCCUUUACCUUUGAGAAUGCCAGCGGCUACGAGUGCGUCUGUGUGCCCGGCAUCAUUGGCAAGAACUGCGAGAUCAACAUUAAUGAGUGCGACAGUAAUCCCUGCAGCAAGCACGGAAACUGCAAUGAUGGAAUUGGCACCUAUACUUGCGAAUGCGAACCCGGCUUUGAGGGCACCCACUGUGAGAUCAACAUAGAUGAGUGUGAUCGCUAUAAUCCCUGCCAGAGGGGCACUUGUUACGACCAGAUAGACGACUACGACUGCGAUUGUGAUGCGAACUAUGGAGGCAAAAACUGUUCCGUACUUCUCAAAGGCUGUGACCAGAAUCCUUGCUUAAAUGGCGGCGCAUGCUUGCCGUAUCUGAUCAACGAGGUAACUCAUCUGUACAACUGUACCUGCGAGAACGGUUUCCAAGGCGAUAAAUGCGAGAAGACCACCACGCUGUCAAUGGUGGCCACUAGCUUGAUUUCGGUGACCACGGAACGCGAGGAGGGCUACGACAUUAAUCUUCAAUUUAGAACUACUCUGCCCAAUGGAGUUUUGGCCUUUGGAACCACCGGCGAAAAGAAUGAACCAGUUAGCUACAUUUUGGAGCUGAUUAACGGACGUCUGAAUCUACAUUCCUCGCUACUAAACAAGUGGGAGGGCGUGUUUAUCGGAUCGAAGCUGAACGACAGCAACUGGCACAAGGUGUUUGUGGCCAUAAAUACUUCGCACUUAGUCCUUUCGGCCAACGACGAGCAGGCCAUCUUUCCGGUUGGCUCCUAUGAAACGGCCAACAACAGCCAGCCCUCGUUUCCGCGCACAUAUCUGGGCGGCACCAUUCCCAAUCUGAAGUCCUAUUUGCGCCACCUCACCCACCAGCCGUCAGCUUUUGUCGGCUGCAUGCAAGACAUCAUGGUCAACGGUAAAUGGAUCUUUCCCGAUGAGCAGGAUGCGAAUGUCAGCUAUACCAAGCUGGAAAAUGUCCAGAGCGGUUGUCCUCGCACGGAGCAAUGUAAACCGAAUCCCUGUCAUUCGAACGGUGAAUGCACGGACCUUUGGCACACCUUUGCCUGCCAUUGUCCCAGACCAUUCUUUGGACACACAUGUCAGCACAAUAUGACUGCUGCUACUUUUGGCCACGAGAACACCACCCACUCGGCUGUGAUUGUGGAGACCACAGAUGUGGCUAGGCGAGCCAUUAGAUCCAUCCUAGACAUUUCCAUGUUCAUUCGUACCCGCGAGCCAACCGGUCAAGUCUUUUACUUGGGCACUGAUCCCCGCAAAGCGCCCACCAAAAAUGUUGGCGACUCAUAUGUGGCGGCCAAAUUACAUGGCGGAGAACUGCUAGUAAAGAUGCAGUUCAGCGGCACUCCGGAGGCCUACACCGUCGGUGGCCAGAAGUUGGACAACGGCUAUAACCACCUGAUCGAAGUGGUGCGCAAUCAAACGCUCGUGCAGGUCAAGCUCAAUGGCACCGAGUACUUCCGCAAGACGCUGUCCACGACGGGUCUGCUGGAUGCACAGGUGCUUUACUUGGGCGGACCUGCACCCACACGCGAGUCCCUUCUGGGAGCGACCACCGAACCAGGUAUGAUUCCGGUGCCCGGAGCAGGAGUACCCAUUGAAGACACAACAGUUCCCAAGGAGGCGGACGAUAGCAGGGACUACUUUAAGGGCAUAAUACAGGACGUGAAGGUCAGCAACGGCUCGCUCAAUCUGAUUGUGGAGAUGUAUUCCCUGAAUGUGACAGACGUCCAAGUGAAUGCCAAGCCCCUGGGCGCUGUAACCAUCGAUCGCGCCUCUGUGUUACCUGGUGAAGUGUCCGAUGAUCUGUGCCGAAAGAAUCCGUGUCUGCAUAACGCAGAGUGCAGAAACACAUGGAACGACUACACUUGCAAGUGCCCCAAUGGCUACAAGGGCAAGAAUUGCCAGGAGAUUGAAUUCUGCCAACACGUUACAUGUCCGGGGCAGAGCUUGUGCCAAAAUCUGGACGAUGGCUAUGAGUGUGUUACCAACACUACAUUUACUGGUCAGGAACGCAGCCCUCUUGCCUUCUUCUAUUUCCAGGAGCCUCAAUCCGACGAUAUUGUCAGUGAAGCGGCUCCCAAGCAGAUCCUUAAACCUGUGAUUGAUAUUGCCUUCCGCACUCGUGCUGGAGGUACUCUCCUGUACAUCGACAAUGUGGACGGAUUCUUUGAAAUCGGAGUAAACGGGGGACGAGUGACCAUCACCUGGAAGCUCAGUGCGCUCCAUUUUGGCGAGUCUGCCCGCUUUGAGAAGGAGAACACUGACGGAGAAUGGAGUCGCAUUUACCUAAGGGCACACAACAGCAAAUUGGAGGGUGGAUGGAAGGGAUGGGAAUCAAUGGUGGAUCCAACGCCAGCCUUUUCCACGGACAUCGACCAAGCGGCCUUCCAGUCCCUGAUCGCUACGAGUACCCAGGUUUACUUGGGUGGCAUGCCAGAGUCGCGACAAGCACGUGGAUCCACUCUGUCUGCCCAGCAGGGCUCCCAAUUCAAGGGCUGCGUCGGAGAGGCAAGGGUCGGCGAUCUUCUACUGCCCUACUUCUCAAUGGCGGAACUGUAUUCGCGCACCAAUGUUUCAGUACAGCAAAAGGCCCAAUUCCGAUUAAACGCCACGCGACCUGAGGAGGGCUGCAUCCUGUGCUUCCAGUCGGACUGCAAAAAUGACGGCUUCUGCCAGUCUCCAUCGGAUGAGUACGCCUGCACCUGUCAGCCUGGAUUCGAGGGCGAUGAUUGCGGCACGGACAUCGACGAGUGUCUUAACACGGAAUGCAUGAACAACGGCACCUGCAUCAACCAGGUGGCUGCCUUCUACUGCCAGUGUCAGCCAGGAUUCGAGGGUCAGCACUGUGAGCAGAACAUCGACGAGUGUGCGGACCAGCCGUGCCACAACGGUGGCAACUGCACGGAUCUGAUUGCCUCGUACGUGUGCGACUGUCCAGAGGACUAUAUGGGUCCGCAGUGCGACGUGCUGAAGCAAAUGACCUGCGAGAACGAGCCAUGUCGAAACGGAUCAACGUGCCAGAAUGGAUUCAAUGCUUCUACUGGCAACAACUUUACAUGCACAUGCGUGCCCGGCUUCGAGGGACCACUUUGUGACAUUCCCUUCUGUGAAAUAACGCCUUGCGACAACGGUGGACUCUGUUUGACCACAGGAGCGGUACCGAUGUGCAAGUGCAGCCUGGGUUACACUGGUCGUCUGUGCGAGCAGGACAUAAACGAGUGCGAAUCGAAUCCAUGCCAGAACGGAGGUCAGUGCAAGGACCUCGUCGGCAGGUACGAGUGCGAUUGCCAGGGCACUGGAUUCGAGGGCAUUCGCUGUGAGAAUGACAUCGACGAGUGCAGCGUGGAGGGCGAUUACUGCGGCGGAUUGGGCCGGUGUUUCAACAAGCCCGGAUCCUUCCAGUGCAUCUGCCAGAAACCCUAUUGCGGAGCUUACUGCAACUUUACGGAUCCCUGCAACGCUACGGACCUCUGCUCCAACGGCGGUCGCUGCGUAGAGUCCUGUGGCGCCAAACCGGACUACUACUGCGAGUGUCCGGAAGGAUUUGCGGGCAAAAACUGCACAGCACCGAUUACGGCCAAGGAGGAUGGACCUUCGACCACAGACAUUGCCAUCAUUGUAAUACCAGUAGUAGUGGUGCUGCUGCUAAUCGCGGGAGCCCUUCUGGGCACCUUCCUGGUGAUGGCCAGGAACAAGAGGGCCACUAGGGGCACCUACAGCCCGAGCGCGCAAGAGUAUUGCAACCCACGGCUGGAAAUGGACAACGUACUGAAGCCACCGCCGGAAGAGCGACUUAUUUAGUUUUGAGUUUUGAGCAUGAACGACGAUUAGCAAAGCAAACAAAAGAUAUUUUUAAAUCCGCCCAUAUACACCUAGCUGUAGGAGUAACGCAAUGUUUUGUACUAAGUUGGCCCCUAGUUACGGUUUACAUCUUAAGGUGCUCAAAGCAAUAGCAGCAGCAGCAGCCAGGCUUCCACCUCGACUCGUCCCCGAUCCCAUGCCUACGCUUUAGUUAGUUAAUAAUACCGUUGUCUAUUUAUUCUAGUAGUUUAGAUGACAUACGUACCGCCCUAUAGUCGUUAUGUAGUUAUGUUCCGAUAGUUUAGAUUCAGUAUUCGAUUUCUCGUAUAUGUAAUCCUAAAGCUGCGAACAAAGUUGAGCUCCGACACAGAUUUUCCCUUUGCAUUCCGCAAGGAAGCCCAUCAAAUGUAUUGUACGAGUAUUUUUGUAAAUAAGAUUGUUUGCCGUCUCUUAAACUAAAUUAGCUGAGCUAAAAUCGAAAUUAAAAACCGAAAAUCCUAUAUGCCUAUAUAUACGCGAGUAUAUAUAUCAGUAAAUGUGGCCUUAUAACAAAAAAAAAGUUAGUAACGAAAAGCAAUGACAACUAGAAGAACAGAGAAAGUAUUGGUUAAGUAAAUCAAAUAAAAAACAUAUUUUGCUCUAGAAUAUCUAAGCGUAAACUUAAGAGACUGUACUAUAUAAUAAAUAUUAAAUAUUUCGACUUUUUCCAA